AUGGUGAACAAUAUGGAUCACGGUUUGCCCAAGUUUUCUCUCUUAGGUUAUGAUGAUUGGAAGAUCAUGAUGGAAGCACAUCUCUACGCUCUACAUGACUGCAUGUGGAUGUACAUUCCAAAGCCCAAGGAAAAAUGGGAUGAUAGAGAUUGUAAAAAGCACAAUCUGGACAACGUCGCCAAAGCAGCCAUCUUCAAGAUACUUGAUCCCAUCACCUUCUCCAAAAUCAAGCAUCUCAAGACUGCCAUGGAAAUAUGGCAAGGUCUUGGGAAGCUAUGUGAGGGAUCAGAGGACUUGAGAAAGCAGAAGAUAGAAGUCCUACUUGAGAAGUUCAAAGGCUUCAAAAUGCUUCCCGGAGAAUCAUUUGAUAUGUUGGAUGAAAGGUUCCACAAAAUCUUGAAUCAUCUUGCCUCACUUAACCACAUUCUUUCUCCCAAAGAAAAGAAUGUAAGGUUGCUGAGAUCACUCCCAACUGAGUGGUACACCAAAGCCACAGCCAUGGAAGAAGGAAGAAACCUGGAAAACUACACUGUUCAAGGUCUCCUUGAUGAACUCAGAACCUAUGAGCACGAGCUGAAAAAGAAGAAGGAAGAACAAGUUACUCCCUUCCCCACGGAAUUGAUGACAACUUCAAGAAUUCCAUCAAGUGAAGGGACAUGCACAAGAAACUGUGACACACCUUCCUCUAGCCAGCCGUCAAGCUCAAAAAUGGAGAACUACGAAGAGGAUUUUGCCAUGAUGGUCAAACAAUUCCGGAAGUUCAAGAAGUUCUUCAAGAAGGCUGAUUCAGUCAGAAGGCCAUCCAAGGGAAAGCCACAGGUAAGUGACUCCCCUCCUGAAUCUUAUUUAUGUUAUAACUGCAGGAAGCCUGGCCACUGGAAGUCAGCAUGCCCGUACCCAAAAGUGGAGAAGUACGGAGAAAGAGAAAGGAUCGAGAAGAAAAAGAAAGCAAUGGUUGCUGCUGAAAGUGACGAGUCAUCCAGCUCAAGCUCGGAUGAAGAAGCCCUCGUCUGCAUGGAGCGCAGAGUUGAGAAGUCCAACCAUGAGGAUA